AACACGUCUUUCUCUCUUCUCAACUCAAUAAAUUAAGUCCUCUCUCUUCUCUACUCUAUACAUCAUAAACAAUCUUUCUCUCUCUCUCUCUCUCAACUCCAUCCUCAAAGCUUCAGCCAUGGUGAAAAGAAUCCCUGUAAUUGACCUUAAGUGCUUUCCUCAACAAUCUUCAGCUCUCCUAAAAGGCUGUGAAGAAUUUGGUUGCUUCAGGCUUAUCAACCAUGGGAUGCCGUCUAAAUCCAUGUCCGAAAUGAAAUCAACAGUCAGAUGCUUACUAGAUCAGCCAUUGGAAAUCAAGAAACAAAACAUUGAUGCCAUAAAUGGCAGUGGUUAUAUGGCUCCAAACGCCAUUAAUCCACUUUAUGAGGCUCUGGGUCUCUAUGAUGCUCCAUCUCCACAAGCUAUUCAAGCUUUUUGUGAUCAGUUACAGGCCUCGGAUCCACAAAGGGACACCAUCCAGUCCUACUCUCAUAAAAUCUAUGAAGUCGCCAUGGAUGUGGCCUCGAAGAUGGCGGAGAGCUUGGGUUUAGAGGCAGAUCUAUUCAAUGGAUGGGCUUGCCAAUUCAGGAUCAACAAAUACUUGUUCAGUGAAGAGAAGUUAGGAGAAACAGGGGUUUGCAUACACACUGAUUCAGGCUUCCUGACUGUGCUACAAGACGAUGAGAGAGUGAGUGGGCUUGAGGUGAUGAGUAAAAAUGGUGAAUUUGUGGAGGUGGAGCCAUUACCAGGUUCUCUCAUUGUCAUACUUGGUGACAUGGCUCAGGUUUGGAGCAAUGGGAGGUUCCUGAACGUGAAGCACAAGGUGAUGUGCAAAGAAGCCACAGUGAGAGUCUCAAUCGCCUUCUUCUUAUUGGGACCAAAAGGUGGGACCACCAUGGAGGUCCACACUAAGCUAAUUGAUAGGGAGCAUCCACGCCUUUAUCGACCCAUGAGUUAUGAAGAGUACAGAAACAUGCGGCUUUCAACUGGUGACCGUGAUGGCGAUGCUCUUGCCCUUUAUUUGUGCACCUAAUAAAUUAAGGGGGAUGAUAAAAAUGUAUGCUACUCUUGAAAGAUCAUAGCUACAGUGUUGACGCGGAAAACCUCUCCCUCUCCCUCCCCUCUCUCUCUUUCUGAUAAAUUAAGGGGAACAAAUAACAAGGUAUGCUACUCUGAUUUUAUAUUAUAAAAUCAGAGCUAUGAUUUUGGAGGCUGAAGACCCCUUUCUCUCUCUUUAGAUUUACACCAUUUUUGGAGCUUUAAAUUUUAUAAUCUAAAGAUAGGUUGCUGCAACUUUACCUUUCAUAGUAAAAUCAAUGCUCUAUGUUCAAUGCCAAAGUAAAAGAUAAACAAUCUUAUAGUAUACUUUCCAAUUAC